AUGGAUAAUGUGCCGAUGAGUGCAGCCAGGGACCAACAAAGGCGUAGCCCCAACGCUACCUUGUCACCUAAAGUACGGCGCAAGCGACCUUCAGACGCGGAUGUCACUUCGGCUGCUGCUGGGACCGGAAAUGCCACCCAAAGCCCUUUGAGGAGAGAAGACGACUUCGUAUUGGUGUCUCCUCAGGCUAAGGCUAGUCAGACCAUUAGGGAAAUGUCUCAGGCGUUUACUCCUGGAGAUAUUGACAAGGUCGACCAUAUGCCAGGAUCGCCUGUGCGUACUCCGCUGAAAGGAAGUUUCAGCACUCCAACACGGAACCGGAGAUUUACCAACGAGGCGUCCGUGCCUUCGCUACCCGUGUCACCCUCAGAUAGUCGAGAAACCAGUGAGGAACCUAUGAUACCCAAAACUCCUCGCCAAACUCGCCAUUCUAGAGGAGGAAGUGAUGAUUCCGUGUCACGGAUUCCCGCUCCAAUCAAUCAAUCUCAUCUUGAUAUUGUGGACACACAAAGCCCACAUACACUGAAGGUGUACGAAGAUCCUCAGUCCCCAAAUAUUGAAGAAGUUGCCACUCAAAAUGACACAGCGCUUCAAGCGCCAAAGACGCCAAAAUUCCCGGCGAAAUCGAGGCCUCUUGAAGAAUUACCAUUAAACGAGCCUACAAGUGUUCCAAACCGUAAACAUGACCAACUUCCGGUCCAUACCCCACUACUGCAACCUAGCCCUAUCAUUACACCGUCUAGUGAAAAUUCGCACAGGCGAUGGAAAAAGGUUGAAGUCUCAGAACGACGAAGAAGCCUCAGUCCACGAUCAAAAGAUCCUGCAAAAGCUCAAGAUAUGAUUAUGCGUGGCUUGACCCGAAUUCGAGCGGGCGCCUUGGAUGUUCAUGGCUACAGGAAGUUCCAGACCUUGGUCAAGUACCAUGAACCUAUAUACAAGGAUGAAAAUAAGUACGAACAAAUAUUGAUGGCACUAUUGGAAGCACUGGAGACCCCUGAUGGAGAUAAGGGUGCUACAUCCGGUCGAUCACUCGACCUCAAGACGCAAGUGUUGGUGACCAUCCGCCUGAUGUUUGGCUUGAACCGGGAAUGCUUCGCGGCCUUUUACCCUCGGGCCAUAACAGCCAUUAUCACGGCGCGUAAACAUUACGAAAUGACCAACCAUAUUGUCAGCGGCUUAGAAGAGACGGCCGAAGACAUCGUGAGCGCUUGUGACCCUCCCGAAGUCAUAGAUGCAAUCCUGGACUUGCUUGAAACGGAGGAGAAAUCUAACGAAUGCUACAGAAUGGUUGCAAUGGGCAGUUAUAUCCUCAGUGGCUUGUUACGCCGGUUAAAUAACAAAAGAUUAUACCUUACACAAGCGGAGAUGGAACGACUUGGGAGAUUUGCAAAUCAAAACCUGAGGAGUACCCAGCCGGACGUUCGGCGAGCGAUUAUCGAGUUUUGCCCGGAAUUGUACGACAUGGUUGGGUCCGAGGACAAUUUUUGGUCAAUGGUCAAUUCGUCCGUUGAAGAUUUUCGGCCGCUGUUGACCUAUUAUAUCAUGCGGAGACCGGCUAAAGUCGGAUGA